UCUUGUAAUUUCGCUGAAUACGUCAUUCUCUGCUUCUCUUUGCAACAGGAAAGCCCAAUUAUCACAACUAACAUAACAUCCGCUCGGAGAGGCACAAAGGCAAUGGCGCCACCAUCGUCCAUUAGGUGGUGUGCAAUUGUAUCGGCUCUCGUUCUGUCUGUCUUCGUCUUUCCAUCAACUGCCAUUUACUGCGACGAGGACGACUGCUAUGAUCUGCUAGGGGUUUCUCAAAACGCUAAUGCUUCAGAGAUCAAAAAAGCCUACUACAAACUCUCGUUGAAGCAUCACCCGGACAAAAACCCCGAUCCGGAGUCGAAAAAGCUUUUUGUGAAAAUCGCAAAUGCUUAUGAGAUUCUGAAAGAUGAAGCUACACGGGAGCAGUAUGAUUAUGCCAUUGCACAUCCAGAGGAGGUAUUUUACAACACUGCUCAGUACUAUCGUGCAUAUUAUGGUCAUAAGACGGAUCCUCGCUAUGUCCUGGUUGGUCUUCUUCUGGUUCUGUCAGGAUUUCAGUACCUGAAUCAGUGGACGAGGUAUAACCAGGCUGUAGCAAUGGUCAAGAAGACUCCUGCUUACAAAAAUAGGUUACGGGCACUGGAACUUGAACGCAGUGGAGGAACUGCUUCUAAGAAGAAGGGUAACAAGCAGAUGGACAAGAAAGUGGAGGAAGAUCUCAGCAAAGAACUUGAACUGGACAUUAAAGGAGCUCAAAAACCUGUCAUCUGGGAACUUAUCGUCAUUCGGUUUUUACUUCUACCUUACUUUAUAAGCAAGUUAUUAUUGUGGAAUGGUCGCUGGUUGUGGAGAUACAAAGUGAAACAAGCUCCAGUUUCUUGGGAAGAUGCUUCUUACCUAACACAGAGGUCCCUGAGAGUGCCUGUUGACGCAUGGAGAACACUUGAUGAAGCAAUGAAGGAGGAACUUGUUCAUAGGCGAUUGUGGGAAAAGUCCAACUUAGAGAGGUACCUUGCGGAAAUGCGCAAAGAAUCCAAGCGUAGAAGAUAGCACAUUUAGUUACCUUGCUGUCUCAAAUGUUUUUCAAAUAUUGACACGACAAAAUUUUGGGUAGAAGUUAACCAAUGUACUAGAGCUCACGCAUAUUAUACUGAAUGUACGUGAUUUCUUGAGUUAAUCUAUAUCCAGGGGGAGAGUACCAAAUUAUGUAUCUGUAAACAUACAGAUGGAUUCUCGAAGACAAGCUAAUACGAUCUUGUAUCGUUAGCAUUAAUUCAUUAUGUUUUGAGGUUUUGUCCGGUAAAAGUCCCUGCAAGCUAUUGUAAAAAUAAAAUGCUUGGAGAAAUUUAUUAAUUUUA